CCUGGAUGGAUGGAUGGAUCAAUCGGUCGAUUGUGUCCGUGACACACACACACACUCCCUCUCCCGCUGCACUGUGGUGCGAUCAGGCAUCAUCCAUCAUGCAUCAGUCACAGCAGGUUGUCUCCCUCCCGUCACAGACACGCAGACACGGCGCAGACGUGCGAACGAACGCCAAUAAAACCGUUACGAUGUUCUCCUCUCUCUCUGCACAACAAAGACAUGGUCACUCACGGCAUGCAAUUGACCGACCAGCCAGCCAACGAUGCUUCUCCUCUCUGCCUGAUCGAUCGAUCAUGUCAGCUGCUGCUGUUGUUGCUGUAUGUGCUGGAGCAGCCUCUCCUGGAGGUCGGCCUUCUUGCCGCUCAGCCGCAGCCCCAUCUCUCGGCAGCACUCCUUCAGCUCGUUCACACGCAUACCAGAUAUCAUCUCCGCCGUCAGCUCAACGACACCACCACCCUCAUCUCCCUCCCCCUCCCCCUCCCCCUCAUCCACCUCGUCAAUGUCAACAAUCUCGUGCUCCACCAUCUCCACCAGGUCGCGCAUCGUCGUCUGGCCGCGGACGCCGCCGCCGUACCCGUCAUAUGCCAUCCCGCCGGUGUCGUCAUCCUGCGUCAUGAGAAAACCUAAGAACUCCUUCCUCUCCAUGUCGGACAUGCUGUCGCCCUCCCCUGCCGACGACGGCCCCGCCACGGAAAAGCUGUCCGCGCUGUCGGUGCUCCCCAUCCUCUCGCGAAUGAGGUUGAUGAGCACCUCCCUUAGCAGCUCCUGCCUUGCGGCGCGGCCCCCCUCGGUGGGCAUGUCGAAGUCGGAGAGGUAGGCGUCCAGCUCAGGAUCGCUCAGGGCGGGCAGCGAGUCCAGCACCUCGAUCGCCAAACCGACGUCGUCAUCAUCGCCACCGUACAUGCCGCCCUCACCACCACUAUCAUACGCACCCUCAUCGUCUGUGGCCGGUGGUGCGGGCGGUGGCGGGGCCUCCUGCGUCUGCUGUCGCUGGUGGGACAUCCUGAGAGCGGACCUGGCGCGGCUGAGGAAGCGACUUUUGUGUGUGGACAAUGGGCUGGCCGGGAGGAGCGGUGAGGGGAGGGUAGGGAGGGAUGGGGGCGAGGGGUCGUCAUUGUCGUCCGUGAGAGGGGUGGGGGCGAAGAUGGGCUUGUUGUCCGCUGUGUCCGGAGCGCUGCUGUCCAGCCAGUGCCUCAGCUCAGCCAAAUCAGCCUCCCGCACUGAGUGUGCAGCACGACACACAAAGGAAUGAGUCACACGGACGUGAAAGCGUCCACCGGGCUCUUCCGUGUACCUGCUCCACUGUCUCCCUCCAAGUCCUCCUCGUCGAUAAAGAAUCUGGCCUGUCCGUCUGUCGUCGCACCCCUCCUGCUGAACGGGGCGCUGAAGCCCAUCUCAUCCUCGAGCGAUGCCGGGAAGGGGCUGUCGGUGGAACCACCGAACGGGGCAGGAUCGACAUACCUUGGCUCCUCGGAAUCAUCUUCCUUCUCGGCACCUCGCACCUCUGAGCGGCAAAAGGCAAAACAUUCAUCCGUUCUGUUGCAGUAUAGAUGCGUGUGUGCCUGCCUGGACUGACCGUAUUGCGUGUCGUCCGAUGAAGGUGCCGGUGGGUGAGGCUCCCAGCCGUUGACAACGGGGCCACUACUCCGUCCCGUCUGCAGUGCGCUAAUAUCGGUGUCUGAGCCAAAGGGGCUGCUGUCAUCCCUUUCUCCCUCGCCCCCGCCCCCCAGUUCCCACUGCAGCUUGGCCUGGAAGCCGCCCCUGCCCGCGUCGAUGCGGCCGACGCCCAGCUUGCUGGCGCCGAUGUUGCCUGACAGCUCGGCGUAGUGUAUCGCCUCGUCCAGGUUGGUGAUGGGGCGGAAGGUGCGCCAGUCGACCACCAAACCUUCGUGCUUGCACCACUGAUAAACGCACCACGGCGCGGCACACACAUGUCCAGGAAGGGGGAGUGGUAUGGUCAAUGGUCAUGUGGCUGUGCUGUGGCUCACUUGGAUGUAGCUGUCAUAGUGCGGGUCGGCGGUAAGCGUGCGGGGGUCCCCAAACACUACCAGACCCCUGACAAAGAUGUCCACACAGAGCAGAGGAGGUUGGGUGGCCCGUGGUUCCCCUGCUACUGGUGCGCCCUGCCUGAGUGGCUGGCUGACCUUCUGGCUCGUGUGACGGCGACGUUGAGUCUCCGCCAGUCGCGCAGGAAGCCCACACUGCCGGUGGGGUUCGACCUCACGGCCGAGAACAGGAUCACCUCCUUCUCGCGACCCUGGUAACCGUCAACCGACUUCACCUGAAUGCGGCCAUCCAUCCCCACAUCAAGACAUGACACACACAGCCCGUGUGCCUCUGCCCGCAGUGGUGCGUUGGUGUGUGGCGAGAUAGGUGUAGGUACCUACCUCUAUCAGCGCGGCUGUGUCUCUGCCCAGCUCAGUGCGGAGGGUGUCCUGCAGGAACCGCACCUGCACCAAAUUGAUGCAGACGUCCAUCCACACACACACAUCGAGACGAUGCACAGGCAGGCCGGCAGAGAGGCAUGGUUGGCCAGCUUAGGGGCUGAGUUGAGGCCGUCACCUGACCUGAGCUGCGUAUGGGGUGACGACGCCGAUGUCAGUGUACGACACAUCGCCAUGCGACACCAGCUCUGGACACACACAGAGAGAGACGGAGAGAGGGAGAGAGAGAAAGAUGUAUGUACAUCACGUGCAGGUGUGUGGUGUGGUGUGGUGUGGUGUGUGGCCCCGGGCCGCCCCCCACUGGUGCACCUUUGAGCACUUUGACGAGGCACAGUGCCUCCUCCCGGUUGUAUUUGCUGGUGGUGCUGCCGCCCCACUUGGUGGUCUCGUCAGGCCUGCUCUCAGAAUAACCCGCCGGCUCCAUCACCGACACAAACGCAACCGGCUUCACACUACACACACACACACACAAGACACACACAGACACGAGACAGAUCAAGGGAGCCACAUCAUGAUCAUCGUUCCGUUGUGUGGUGCCUGCCUGCCUCACUCACUCGUCGGGCCAUGGGAAUCCCCCGGGUGUGGGUCUCUCCUCCGGUUUGGGUAUGGAGAUGAGUCGGUCGUCGUAGAACUCAAAGGAUGGGAACAUGGCGAUGGCGGGGUGCAUGCGGUACUGGGCCGCCAGCAUCACCGGAACCACACCCGCCAGCACCAAACGGGAAAACAGAGACAAAUUCAGACCCUCAGCCUUAGCCUGCAGACAGAAAGGGGUGAAAGAACAAACAGGUCUCUCUCUCUGUGUGUGUGUAGGUGGGUACCUUGUCGCUGACGACGGUUGCGGGCAGUUGGUUCUGGUCGCCGACGAGAAUGAGCUGCUCGCAGCCCUUGACCAUCGGCACCGACGCCGCCGGCUCCGUCACCUGGGACGCCUCGUCUAUCAGCACUGUCGAGAACUUGACUGGCACCCUGCAAACAACACAACACGACACACCACACAGCGGUCCCUAGAGGCGCUUGUGUGUGGAGUGAGUGGUGGGUGAGUGACCUUUGUGUGUCCCAUUCGGGCACUUGGGUGGUGGAUGUCAGGCCUGGCUGACCCGCACCUGCACACACACACACACAGAGAGAGAGAGAGAGAGACACGUGGCUGUCCUCUGUGUAGGCCGGCACAAUGGUGUGUAGGCGUCUGGGUGGCUCACUGAUGGCAGAAGUGACGACCACAUCGGCUUUGGUGACGAUGUCGUAUAUCGCCCGCUGCUCAGCCACCUUGACGUCCUCCUCUGCCAGGCGCAACAGACGGUUCGCCUCGUCCAGCUGCACACAUGUACCCACACAUCGACGGCCGACCAAUAGAUGACACACCCAAGCAGAUGCACACAUGUGGUGGUGUACCUUGGCCUGGCUGGCAGCCUUGUCCUCGUCACUGGUGUCGUCCUGGUGGGCCCUGUAGAGCUGCUGCCGCCUCUGCCUGGCCUCCCUCUCAUGCGCCAGCGCAGCACGGUACUGACACACAGACAAACAGACAGACAGACAGACAGACAAGUGCACCUGUGUGUGGUGGGGCGUGUGCACUGCAUCUGUGGACUCACCUCUGGGUGCUGGUCGACCAUAGCGUCCACAGUGUAGUUCUUGAGUGCGGGGUUGACCACGAGCGCACGGCCAGAGCGGACCGCCUUGACGCCCAUCUUAAUGAGGCCCUCCAGCAGGUUGUCAGCAGCCACGUUCGAGAAGGCAGCGGCAAGCACCUUCUCGAUCCGAGGAGGGGGCCCCGUGGCACUUAGAGCGGCGGGGAGGUCGCCGCAGGGCUGGAUGCCCUGCGCACGGGCGGCCUUCAUGAGGGCUACGAUGGAGCCGAGGAGCAGGCAUGAGGUCCGCGUCUUGCCGGUCCCUGGGGGGCCUUGGAUCAACGUCACACGCUGGGUCAGCGACUGAACGCCACACAUACACACAGGGAGAGGUACACAUGAUGGUCAUGUGUGAUGUGCAUCAGCCAUAGCCAUCCCCAACCCCUCGUCUGUGUGUGGUAUCUGUGGGGAGCGUACGCGUCGGACGGCUUCUUCUUGUGACUGGUCGACCAGCCCCUGCCGCUUGGCCAUGUCCAGGAUGGCGUCCAGCCGCUCGGCCGAAUACCACCACCUGUUGGCAGGCUGGCUGAACCACUCGUUCCACGGGGCAGGAUCGUCUCCCCGCCGGAAUACCGCGUAGAAAUCCGUGCUCGCAUCCUCACCUGAACGGCACACACACACGUGCUGUGUCUGUGUUCGUGUGGUGGGCGGGGUGGUGGGUAUGCUGGCGAGUGCACUUACCGACUCCCAUUUUGUGUUUGAUGACGGUUUGGAUGAAGCUGUAGACGAGUGCGUCGCGGAGGUCGGGGGCCAUCUUGUCGCUCACGUUGGGCGCCGUCAGCUCCGCCAGCGCCGUGAUCAUCCGGUCGUGAGAGACGCGGUUCUCGAACAUGUCGAGCCGCCAUGACACCGUCCUGUUGUUGUUGUUGUUGUUGUCGUCAAUGUCCUCCUGUCCUUGUGUAUCAUCAUCCUGGCCGAGCUCAUCUUCCUCGACUGUGUCUGCAGUGUCUGCGUCGGCAGGUCUGAAGAGUUUCCUCUCCGCCGGGUCUUGGUCGUCUGGAUCCUGCUGCUGCUGCUGCUUGUUGGGGAUGCGGUUCUUCUUCCAGAGCUCUGGGGGCAGGUCCAUCACAGCCUGAAAGAGGAGAGAGAAAGAUGUCGGUGGUCGGUGAGUGAGUGGGCGAUAGAUCGGUGGCGCCCGCCUCCUUACGAUGUCGAUGUACUUGGGGUGCUUCUCGUGCACGACGCCCUCGUAACGGUCCAUCCUGCAGCGCAGCCACAAGGACACAGACACACCGCACAUCCAUGCAGCUCUCGGCCAUCGAUCCAGCUGCUUGCUUACGCGUCUAGAGGGUUCUGCUCGCCCAGUGUGAGAGUCACGGCAUCCCCCCUGCUGAACUGGUGGAAGGGCAGAUAAGGCCGCCGAUACACCAACCUCGACUCAACCUGCUGACCGUCACCCUCCUCGCCAUCAACAUCACCAUCCUUAUCGCCGCCGGCGUCAGUGCUGUUCCUCCUGACGGUCUCAAUGGGCAGCUGCAGCCUCACGAUUUUUUCCUUGAGAAUGCGAUGUGUGUGUUUGGCCUCCAGGCCCCUGAUGAGGAUGCCCUCCGACUCCAGCCGGGCGUUGGUCCAGUUGCGCAGCCGCUCCACCGCCAUCUCGUCCUUGACCAGCACCUCCUCUUCAAGCAGAGACGAGAAGUGGUCGGAAUAAUCCACCAGAUGCGGGUAAGCCGCGGGAUCCACGCCCUCGACUGAGUGGGCCCGCUGCGCACACACACACACGCGCACAGACACACGUGUGUCAGCCACCUUUGCUCAUCUGUAUCUGUUGUGUGUGUGUGGUGGCUGACCAUCCAGAAGGUGGUGUUAGUGUCCUGGAGCAUGUUUGGAACAUUGCCUUUGAUGCGCUCGAGUCCGCUCUCCCUGGCGAGGACGUCGCUGAGGGCGGCGAACCGCCGCUCCCACUGGGCCGAGCUGAGACCCAUCUCCUUGCGACGCUUCUGCCGAAGCUCCUGCCACCGAUCCCUGAUCGAACAAUCAAACACACACUUGGUGCAUUCAUUCAUCAGGUCAGGUCGUCUACUUGUUUCCCACUCGUCCGUCCACGCUCACCAGGCUUCCAUUUCGAGAAGUUCGCUCUUCUUUGCGUCUUCGAGCGCCUGCACGUCGAUGCGAUUGAAAUCUGAGCCCUUUUUGAACUGGCUCAUGACUGCCUGCAGGUAGGUCUGCGGCCUGGCCUCCCGGGGAGCGCUCCUGUCCCUCUUGGACUUAGACUUCCGCCGCCAGCCGUACUUGGACUCGAGGAUCUCCUCUCCCCGCCGGCCCCACCGCCGAUCCAGGCGAACCUGUACCAUACAAGCGCAUGGAUGCACUCAAUGCGGGUGUCUUCGUGCUGUGUGUCUAGCAUCCAUGUACCUGUUCCCACUUGGUGUGGUUCCUCUCCAUCUCAAAGUACUUCUCCAGCCGCCGCCGCUCCCUCUCAAAGGCGCGCCGCUCGUCUGGCGACACAUCAUCCACCUCUGGCUCAUAGUCACUCAUGGCACGGUCAACGGGGUCAGUCAACAACCUCUCACGAUCUGCACACACAGCCAGACAGCCAGACAGCCAGACAGCCACAACAAUACGACUUGAUGCGCCGGGCUGUGCUGGACGUGGCCUCGGUCACUCACCUUCUGGUGUGAUGGUUUCGAGGAGUGCGUCGCGUUGCCUCUGUCUGAACUCCCUCUUGUCGCGCCGCCUCCUGUCCAGCAUGGCGGCGUGCUCCUCCUCCAGCCUGGGCAGGAUCGACGAUGCUGACCCAACACGCACACGCACACGACGGGACGCUGGCUGCCGAUGCCGCACAGACACAGACGCAGGCACAGACAGAGAUGAAGGCGACAAAGGGCCUGACACACACAGAGAGGGGCAAUGAGUGGCAAUCAGGCCAGCGCGUCACCGAUGGAUGGAUCAAUCAAGGAUCUUCGUCAACACACACCUCACCUACCGGGCAGCACAGGUGACCCAGUAAAGCCGCUCCUCCUCAGCAACAGCCGAUGAGCGUCCGCAACUCGCGCAAAGAUGGCAAACACGGCAAGCGAGAUGAGGUUGACCAGAGCGGUUCUCCGCCACCGCCACAUCGCCAGGGACCGACGGCGAUGUGAAUGCAGCUUCUUCAUUGACAGAUGAGGGUGACUCCACGCCUGCUUGGGUCGAAUCGGUAGAUCGCGGCAUUGGCAGGGUGGGGGAGGGAUGCAGGAGUGCGUUGGCAUUGGAAACGGGGCAAAGAGGUAAGUUGGAGGUUCAGCU